AUGACCGAUGCUGUUGAGGAAAAGCACCGCCGUGGAAUCAGACUGCUGUCAUUCAAUUGCUGGGGCUUGAAAUACGUCUCCAAACACCGCGCCAUCCGCCUUCGGACAAUCGCCUCAAUCCUCUCAACCACCUCAUACGACAUCAUUCUCCUUCAAGAAAUCUGGGUCGAAUCUGACUUCAAGCACCUCGCGCAAACAUGCUCCUCCACAUUCCCACACGCAAAGUUCUAUAAUUCUGGUGUCCUGGGUGGUGGGCUAGUGGUUUUGUCGAAAUGGCCAAUCGAGGAGACGCAUAUGCAUCCGUAUAAACUCAAUGGACGGCCUACGGCUUUUUUCCGGGGGGAUUGGUAUGUUGGGAAGGGGAUUGCUAGUGCUAUUAUCCGUCAUCCCACUGGGAAGAAGAUCGAGGUGUUCAACACCCACUUGCACGCCCCCUAUGGCGAAAAAACCGAUUCCUACAUGGCCCACCGCACCUCCCAAGCCUGGGAAUUCGCCCGCCUCGCCCGCGCCUCCAUCGCACAAUCCCACAUCCUCCUCUGCGCCGGCGACUUCAACUCCGUCCCCGGUUCCCUCGCUCACCGCAUCCUCCGGACAUAUGGUUUAAUGGCUGAUGCAUGGAUCAGCGCACACGGCGAGGAACGGGGAGGAACGGGAAAAGAUGACAUGACGGGCGUGGAGAAGAUCGAGGUCGUGGGUGCGACGUGUGAUUCCAACUUGAAUACUUGGAGGAAGAACUUACCGGGGGAUAGGCAGGAUCCGGAUGCGAGGAGGUUGGAUUAUGUCUUCCAUGACCCGCGGACAACUGAGGUCACGAACGCUAAAGUUACCAUGCUCGACCGUAUCACAGUACAAGAGAAGGGGCAGGAGGUGAGUAUAUCGCUUUCGGACCACUUCGCCAUCGAAGUCGACCUCGUCAUGCGCGAGGAAUCAAAGCUCGUACCGGAGUUUUACUUGGAUGUCGGGACUUUGGAUGGAAUCCACGACGUGACGACUGCCUACACUUCCCUCUCCUCCACCCACUCACGCCUCCGCAUCCUCCACUUCUUCCUCACCCUCCCUCUCCUCCUCGUCCUCCACAUCAUCCCCUUCUACAUUCAAAACAAAUGGGGAGUCUGUGCGGUGAUGUUCGUGGCGUGGGUCGCGGCGGUCGUGGGGGUCGUUGACGGCUUAAUCGGGUUUUUGUUCGGGUGGUGGGAGUGGGCCAGCCUAACCGAAUUCGACGACCAAGUCCGCCGGCAACGACGCCUUAUCGCCCAUAUAACCGGUCGCGCAACACCAACCACAUACCCCCCCUCCAUCUCCCUCUCCUCCCCCGACAACGACGAGAAAGAAAUGGAAGUUCUGGAAGCCGCAUUCAGCCCCGAAGAAAAACAGGCACGAAAAGAAAUGAGAAGAAGGAAUACGAAUACGAUUUCGAACGCGCUUAUCGAUACAGGGGCGGAGGAUAAUGUUGUGGAUAAGGUUGUGCAGAGGGUUACGCAGGCGAUUCCGAUGAUUAGGAGGGCGACGUUGGGGGAGGCGGAUAUGAGGGCUGGGAAUGCUGUGCUACCCAAAGCUGAGGAGAGCCGGGAGGGUGCGGAGAGUUUGGUGGGGGGGGAUCCAGCUCAAGACUCUGAGAAGCACGAGGUUGAAGUGGAGGAGGAGGAGGAAGAGGAGGUGGGGCCGAGCAUUGAGGAGAAGGGUGGGGAUGAUUACUUUGGGGUCGCAGCGGGAGACGUUGAUAAGGAAAAGAAGAAGGCUACACCAAGCAUCACGCUGGGUCCAGUCGAGACCAACUGA